UUCCUGGUUUGUCUCCAGUUUUGUGUCUUGGGAUUUACUUUCGUCUUUUUGUUUUUUGGGAAUUUGGAUAUCUGCUUUUUGUGUGUCUGCGUUUGGGUCCUUUUUUUGAUGAAAUGUGACAAAACCAACAGCAGGCAGGAGGAAAAGAAAAUACGUCUCCUGUGGAAAGAGGUUCAGGUGCGACGGACUUCACAACACAACAGCCUUGUUGGAUUCUUUCGAUCAGAGGACCCUGGAGGACUAAAGGAGUAUGAAUUAUUGAAGAAUGGGCACAAAUUAAGACUUUCAGAGCUCUUCUAAGCUGGCUCACCGGUCUUUACGCGCGACGCGUCAUUGGCUGAGAACCCGCGCGUGUCUCAGAGACGGACGACGGACCAGUAAACGGCUCCAAACGAACCAGUUAACUGGUUCCAGAGGCUUCCCCCACUUCACCGGCUGCUGCGUGUGAUCACCCCGCUGCAGCUGAUCGAUCCGCGGGCUGACUGGCUCUCUGUUCCCGGGGCUGAGUGUGGAGCUCUCCACGGUGCUGAAACAUGAACCAGAGCGCAGGAGCGGCGCAGCACAGCCGGCGCUACUCAGCCGAUGGGAAGGACAUUGGACCUAUUGGACCAGAUAGGAACUGGAAGGGCAUUGGCAUCUCCCUGCUGGUUAUUCUGUUGGUGCUGUCACUCAUUGGACUGUCCAUUGUUCUGCUGUCAAAAGAUGAUAGUGGUAAACCCACCGGUUCACAGCUGACGGUGGAUGACCUCUUUCAAAAGGACUUCCAAAUACAUGACCCUGAUGCAAAGUGGAUCAAUAAUGAAGAAAUAAUCUAUCGGAGCUGGGACGGAGACAUUUUGAAAGUCAACACAACCAGCAACGAGACGGAUCUCUUGCUGAAAAACACAACUUUUGCAACUUUUAAGGCCUCAAAGUUUGCAGUUUCUCCAGAUCUGAACUUUGUCCUCCUGGGAUAUGAUGUCAAGCAGGUCUACCAGCAUUCUUUCCUGGCAUCUUACCUGAUCUACAACCUGUAUACAAGGGAGGUGCGGGAGCUGAAUCCUCCAGAGGUGUCGGACUCGGUGCUCCAGUUUGCCUCAUGGGGCGUUCACGGUCAGCAGCUGAUUUAUAUAUUUGAAAACAACAUUUACUUCCAAACGGAUGUUCAGAGCAGCUCAUGGAGGCUCACGUCUUCUGGACAAGAGGGGAUCGUCUUCAAUGGCAUCACAGAUUGGCUGUAUGAGGAGGAGGUGUUGCACUCACAGGUGGCCCACUGGUGGUCACCUGACGGCUCCAGACUGGCCUACCUCACCAUCAAUGACUCACUGGUCCCUAACAUGCUGCUGCCCCGCCUCACGGGCUCGCUGUACCCCAGGGGGAAGGAGUACCCCUAUCCAAAGAUGGGGCAAAUCAAUCCCACCGCCGCUCUCUACGUCGUCACCGUAGACGGCAGCUCCUCGACGACUGAGCUGAGGCCUCCUGACAGCUUUGAAAAGAGUGAGUAUUACAUCACCAUGGUGAAAUGGGUGACGCGGGAGAAGCUGAGUGUCCGCUGGGUGAAUCGAGCUCAAAACACGUCCAUUCUCUCCCUCUGUGAUGUGACAACAAGUGAAUGCACAAAGAAACACGUGAUGACAUCGGAGAAGUGGCUCGACCGCCAGAAUGAGGAGCCGGUCUUCUCAGAGGACUGCACCACAUUCUUCAUCACUAUGCCCUUAAAACACGGUGGCCGCGGUACAUUCAACCACAUCACAAUGAUCUCCAACCUUUCUGAGGAUCAAGAGGUCAACGUCCGCCACCUGACCUCAGGAAGCUGGGAAGUCGUUCAAAUUCUGGCCUAUGAUGAGAGCACCAACUUGGUUUAUUUCCUGAGUACAGAGGACGGCUCAACGCGGCGGCACAUGUACAGAGUCUCCACUGUGGAUCCAUUUCGUAAAGAGUGCCUCACCUGCUCCCUCUUCAAAUCAAAGUGCUCCUUCUACGAUGCGAUCCUGAGCCCGAACUAUCAACAUGUUGUCCUCAACUGCAGAGGUCCUGGAAUCCCCCAAACUACUCUUCACAACCUCGGUGACAUGAGCAAGCACAAGUUUCUGGAAAGGAACACAGUAUUAAGACAUGCACUGAUGAACAGGACAACACCGAAGUGGGAAAGAAGAACUGUACAGAUCAACAACUUUGCACUUCGUCUGGAGCUGAUCGUCCCUCUGGGUUUGGAUGAAGAGAAGGUGUACCCGCUGCUACUGAUCAUUGACAGCGCCCCUGGUGGUCAGGCCGUGAGUGACCGGUUCUCCCUCGGCUGGGACUCGGCGCUGGUCAGCUCAGACGGCGUCAUCGCGGCUCGUCUGGACGGCCGGGGCAGCGGCUUCCAGGGUCAGAGGAUCCUGCACGAGGUUCACCAGAGGCUGGGAACUGUCGAUGUCCAGGACCAGAUCACAGCUCUGGAGUACCUGAUCAGGCUGCCCUACAUCGAUGGAAACAGAGUCGGAGUUUAUGGGAAGGCGUAUGGAGGAUUUCUUUCCACUCUCCUGCUCCUCUCUCACAGCUCUGUGUUCAAAUGUGGCAUCGCUGUAGCUCCGAUAUCAAACUGGAGACUCUACGGUUCAGCCGACGCUGAGAAAUACUUUGGAUCACCAGCAAAACAGGAAAACAAAUACCAGGUUUCCAGUCUGCUCAGUAACAUCACAGCAGCGAGUGAUGUGAACUUUCUUAUAAUCCACGGCACAGCAGACGCCACUGUUCAUUUCCAACAUUCUGCUGAGCUGGUCAAACUGCUGUCCAGGUCAAAUGUUAAUUACACUCUCCAGAUUUUCCCAGAUGAAGGACACAACAUCGCCUCCGUCAGGAGUCAACACUACAUGCUGACCUCGGUGCUCACCUUCUUCAGACGCUGCUUCGAGGAGGAGCAGGUCGUCGGCCCGGAGUCGUCUAAAGCCGACGACUGACCUGCUGAGCGUCCUGCGGUGACACACUUCAGUGAGGAGAAGAAGCACAUCGGACAGAAACACUCGCUGUGUCUCAGUUCAGGGUCUGCAUCCUCUGAAGGACUCGGCCUUUGUGGUCUUUGAAGCUGAGUCCUUCAGAGUCCUUGUUAACCUCAUCAGCUGUUGUUAAAUGGGACAGUCUAGCCUUUGGAGCAUUUCCUGGUUGCAUCACCAGAUGUUUUACCCUUACGUCACGAUUUCUGACGUCCCGGGCAGCGGAAAUGACCAUCUACGCCAUGCGAUGUUGCCAUUGUAGUGGUGCAUUGUCCAAAAACAGGGGAAAGAAGGAGCAUCUGGAGGAGCCUUCAGAUUGGGACAGACUUCGCGUGGCGUUGUGACGUAAUUAUCCUUAAAAUGCUCCUCCGAAGGAUGCAGACCCUGAACUGAGACACAGCACAGUGUGUUCCUGACAGACUUCUGUCUGUAAAAGCACUCAGAGAGCGUUAAGUUUUCACUAACAGACCUGCAGUGUGUAAGAUAUGUAGCAUGACGGGACCAGAGAGGUGAUUCCAGCUUUGUGAUCGUGUAAAAGAUGGUUGUCGCUGUAUUUUACUGCUUCAGAUGAUAAUUAUUGUUUGUAAAUGUUUGUCUCAUGUACUGAGUACAAAUGUCAGGGAAUCAAAGAAAACUAGUAUUUUUCCACUUUAGAGUCUAACUUUUGCUGUAAUCUACUGUGAAUAUUUCUAUUGACUGCAAACACCACAAUUUAACUUAACGCCAAAUUUUAGGAGAUCAUAUCACAAAACAAAUAUUUGCGGGUGCCUUUACCUCAUUACAGUCGUCACAGUUCUGCAACCUUGGAGUCAACACACUAUCAUAGAGUCACCACAAUGUCUAAUUAGAUAUAGAAACACUAACCGGAGCAUCUGCAUUUUCAAUAGUUGAUUGAUUCCUCAUCUUACGACCAUUAGACUCAAAUACAUUUGCCAUAUUCAGUAACAUUAUCUGUGCUGGUCAGUGAUUUCAGUCCCGUCUGGAGCACACAUCAUGUUUUCAGCAAUAAUAACAGUUACCUGUGUGAGAUGUCCUCGUAUAAUGAAAUGAAUCUCUGAGUUUCUCUGCCGGAGGAGCCGCUCGCUCGUCCUUCCUUCUCUUCUUUCUAUCAGCUCGGUGUGAAGUUCUGUGAAAAUGUCAAAAGUCAAAUGUUUUUGCUUUCUGUAAAAAAAUGGGAGCAUGCUAACACCAAUAUAUCAGCCAGGAACCAAAAUGCUGUUAGUAAUAAAUGAAAGGCAUCAUGGAAGCUGUUCUGGAAAGUCAGCUACAGGUUCAUACUGAAGCCCUGAGGGGGUUUCAGUGUCUGGUGACCCGUUCUGAGUCUGAUCCAGAAUAUUUGCUCACAAGUGUUUAAUUCUUGAGAACAGGUGAAACGAGGUUUUGCCAGGAUAAUCUUCUCAAGUUUCUUUAUUGAUUUUUUUUUUUUUUUUUCAGUUAAAUCAGGUGGGAGUAAAUUCUCAGGAUAUUUUUUUCAAUGUUUGAAAAGUGAAAAACAUUGUCAGGAGGUUUUUAUUUUAUUGUUAUGUGAAACCUUAAAAAAAAAAAAAAGAUGUAAAAGAUUUUUUUUUCCCCCGUGUGAAACUAAGAAGAAAAAUUCAUGAAAUUUCUUCUUGUAAAACCAAGUGAAUAAUUUUCAUCCAAGUGUAAAAGAGGUAAUAAGUAAAUGUAUAAGUUGUUUGAAAAAAGUUUUAUCAUAAGAAUUUUUACUUUUUCCUGUUUGUUUUUUUUAAUUUCAGCCUUGAGAGGCUGCAGUGCAACGCUGCUCCCUUUCCAGGGUAGUUUAGCAUUUAGCAACAACAAAUUCUUGUGAUGUUUUUUUCCCCACACAUGAAAAGAAAAAGAAACUUUGUUUUUCCAAACUUUUUCCCACAUAAAAAUUCUAUAAGAAAAAGAUGAAAAAAAAAAUCAGUUUCACAGAUAAAGAAAAAAGAUUUUCACCCAAGCUUAAAAUAAAAGUUUCCCCUGAAAAAAACACUGUUGCCCACAUAAAAAAAUUUCACUGUUUCCCACGAGAAUUAAUUUAUUUACCAAAAGUUUCUCCCUGGAAAAAAACAGGUUUGGACAAAACAGAGAAUUCUUUCAGCAGAUUUUUUUUUUUUUUUUUUUGGUAAAUCAAGUAAACAAAAUGUUUUUUUCUUUCAGGUCAAAAUCUUUUUUUUUUUUUUUUUUUUUUUUGCAGAAACAUUUUUUCUCAGUCAGCUUCCCACACAGGAAAUAUGUUUCUCUGAGUGAUCUUUAUUUGACACGAGAAUUUAAAAAAAAAAAAAAAUCAUCCAUUUUCACCAGCACUCUAGUCACAAACACAGGAGGAAGAACUAUUUAGAUCUGACUUAUAAAAUAAAUUACCUUGGAAAAGAUUUAAUGUCACUGCCCCUCAGGACUUCAGUAUGUAGUGAUCAGAGUUAAGACAAGUUGUUUUUCUUUUCAGAACAUUUUUAUGACAAAUGUUACUUCCUUGUUGAAGAAACUUCACUGCAGUAUCGACUGGUUUCAUCUGAUUCCUCUCAUGGUAAACUCAACAACAGAUGCUCUUUUCACAUAAACACUUUUUUGAAUGUUUAUAACCAACUGGAUUCUUCAGCAUUACAUGUAGCGACUAUUAUCCCAAAAUGUGAGAAGUGCUUCAAACAGGCGAGAAGAGUGGAGAAUGUGAACGUGUAAUAAUUCCAGUCUAUUCUGUACAGCGUGCUUUGUCCAUAACCAGACUCCUAUAAUCCCGUCUGAUCACCACAUCUGUCCUCCAGUACGACGUAGCAACCCAGAUCAUCUCCGACCAUGAUCCUGUGCUGCUGACACUAAUGCACUUGCUUGAUCCCGUCAGAAUGCAAUGACUCUGUCAUAUAUAUAUAUACUGUACAUUAUAGUCAAUAUGUCGACAGUAGACAUUUAUAUACUUGGGGAAAUUUAUAUGCUGAAAUAAAUUGUUCAACAAGA